AUGGCGUCUCCCGGACCCACCCAAUUCUUCACCGAGGCACUUGCCGGGGUGUCUUAUGACGAAGAUCCCCAGAAGGCUCUCCAGGGUCUCGACGAAUGGAAAAUUCCCGAGUCAAUUUACCGCAAAGAUGGCUCCUGCAUGUCCAUCUGGGAACUUGCUCGUGUCAAUGGAUAUCACUUCGAAGGAGACCUCAAUGAGGCUUCUGGCUCGGAUUUCGACAAGGCCUUUGUUGAAUUCGGUGUAAACCCUGUCGUUGGCCCAGCGACCUUGGAUCACCUGGAGCUUGACCCUGAAUUGUCUACUCCCAUCGUGAUCGAUGAUGUGAUUCCACCCAGCACUUGUACCAACCAGUCGCAGUCGGACACAGUCUACCCACUGAAUACCCUCAAUUAUCUCGAAAACGCCAACUUGGGUCCUCCCAUGGCAGUUGUUCAACUUACUCCCGCCACUCAAAAGGCUCCGGUCACCAUUGCUAAGGCCGUUGAAGUCGGUCCUGUUAUUGCUGGUCCAGUGGCCCAAGUCGCCACCCAAAAGGCUCCGGUCACCAUUGCUAAGGCCGUUGAAGUCGGUCCUGUUAUUGCUGGUCCAGUGGCCCAAGUCGCCACCCAAAAGGCUCCGGUCACCAUUGCUAAGGCCGUUGAAGUCGCCCCCGCCCAAGUCACCCCCACUACCGGUACAGCAAUUGGAACGGUCAAGGUCUUUGACCUAGCACAAGGCAAAUCGCGCCCUCAGCCUGCUAAGCGACCACCCAAGCAGAAGGCCAAGCGGGCCCCCAAGCACAAGGAGAAUGACGAGCUACACACAAAGCAGAAAAAGGCAAAGGCCAACAGCACUCCACGCAAGGCGAAGGGAAAGACAACUGCAGCCCCAGUCACACCACCUCAGAAGAUUGCGCCUGCCCCGACGACACCAAUGCCUGUACCAAUGAGUCGUUUCCCUGCCUCAAUGACCCCGGUGACUGGGGACGCUCGCAAGACAUCGGUACAUUCCAGCCAACAGGAGAUGCUUCGAAUUCAACAGCGCCUCCAAGAUCAAGAAAAUCUUCUUCGUAUUGAAUGGCACCAAGUGAAACAACAGCAUGCUCAGUUGAAACAACAACAGCCCGGAAAUGAACAUCAGCUCCAGAUCCACCAACAGCAGUGUCAGCUCAACCAGCAGCAGUUUUUGCUGUGUCUUCAAAGGGUUAACCAGCACAAAGCUCAAGUCUGUCAAUUCCGGAAUCAAUUCCAAAUUCCAGCACCUCAGCCCGUCCAGCACUCCACCCAAAUGCAAGCAGUUUAUCCCACUCCUCCUAAAGAUCGCAUGCAGUUUGUCAUGAAACAGACCCAGCAACUCCAAGCCGCAGCGGGUCAGCCAGUCCAGCACUCCGCCCAAAUGCAAGCAGUUUAUCCCACUCCCCCUAAAGAUCGCAUGCAGUCUGUCAUUAAACAGACCCAGCAACUCCAAGCCGCAGCGGGUCAGCAAGUUCAGCAGCCCGCUCACCAAAUGCAGGGAGUUUCCCCCAUCACCCAUAAGGAGCGCAUGCAGUCUAUUAUGCACCAAACUCAGAACAUCCAAGCCACGGCAGCUCAGCGAGCUCAGCCCACCAAGCAAAUGCAGUCUGUUUCUUCCCUUUCUGCCACUUCGCCCAAGAAGCGAGACUUCCAGUUUAUGGAGAACAUUGUGCCUACCAACUUUGUGGCCAACCCAAACAACCACGCGCGCUGGGGUAUGAGCCCCAAUGGCGACCGAACCUACUUGAGCGGACCUCAGGCGAAGAAGGCACGAACUUCCCGCAAGUAG